GCCUCUAACCAAUAGAGUAGCUGUGUUGAGCGGGCUCGCCCAUUGCGCCCCGCCCCCCUCCUUGAGUUGUCCUCGCCGUGCACGCGCGUGGUCCCCCCCAGGUCGCGAGGAGGAGGAGGAGGAGGAGGGAUGAGGCGCGCGGAGGGGAAAUGGCUGCCGAAAACAAGCCGGAAGGGUUGAAAAGGAUAAGGAAUCCAGAGCGGAUGAUUAGAAUCGCCGUGGGAUACACAGGACAUGCCCCUCCCAAGAGUGAUGACACUGACACCAACGGUGAGCCUGGCCAGUUGAAGAUCUACCUACCUAAGAAGCUGUUGGAGUGUUUGCCCAAAUGUUCCUCUCUGCCCAAGGAGCGCCACCGCUGGAACACCAAUGAGGAGAUUGCGGCGUAUCUGAUCACAUUUGAGAAACAUGAAGAAUGGCUGACGACAUCACCCAAGACCAGACCUCAGAAUGGCUCGAUGAUCCUGUACAACAGGAAGAAGGUAAAGUACAGGAAGGAUGGCUACUGCUGGAAGAAGAGGAAAGAUGGGAAGACCACCAGGGAAGACCACAUGAAGCUCAAAGUACAGGGAGUGGAGUGUCUGUACGGGUGUUAUGUCCACUCCUCCAUCAUCCCUACCUUCCAUCGCAGAUGCUAUUGGCUGCUCCAGAACCCAGACAUAGUGUUGGUACACUACCUGAACGUUCCAGCAGUGGACGACAGUGGGAAGCCAUGUGGGCCUGUCCUCUGCUCCAUCAACACAGACAGGAAGGAGUGGGCCAAGUGGAGCAAGGAGGAGCUCAUUGGACAGCUCAAACCCAUGUGUGCCGGGAGUAGCCUGCACCAGAAAUGCUCCACAGCCAAACAUCGCAUUAUCUCCCCCAAAUUAGAAGCAAAGACAGGGACAGGGGAUGGGACAGGGACAGGGUCUGGGACAGGGGCUGGGACAGGGUCUGGGACAGAGGUGCAGAACAGUGAUGUGUCUGAGGGGCAGACAGAGCCCAGUCCUGGAGUUGGGGCCAGGAGCAGAGGAGGGGGGGAGAGGAAGAAUGGUAGGCUGCCCAAACCCUCCCUGCUUCCCCAGAGCAGCAUGGAAGUCUCCUCCACAUCCACCAAUCAGGUGGAGGUUCCCGACACCACACAGAGCUCCCCACUGUCAAUCACCAGCGACAUUACUGCAGACAGUCCCGCCCUCGGCCUGGCCAGCAGCCUAUCACAGAGCUCUGCUGCCGUGUUCAUGUCCGAGGUUGCCACGGUAACAGGGGAUUCCGUGUACACCACAGAACACGCCCACCUGAUUGGCUCCACCCAUGACGCCACCACCACUGGGAUUCUACUGGCUGUUGCCCCGGACACCCAGCGCUUUGAGUUCCCUGGCGGGGUGGGGUUAGCAGAGGAAGGGGGGGAGUUGGUCCUCUCCAGCAGUCUGGAUGCCGGAGGUUCUGGAGUCAACCUUCUUGAGACCAGCAUGAACUUUGACCCAGACUGCUUCCUCAACAACCCCAAGCAGGGCCAGACAUACGGGGGAGGAGGGGGUAAGGCCGAGGGAGGUAGCUGUAAUGGUGAGGGGGUGCUCCGCUGCUCUCCACAGUCACUAACGGCUAACGGCUAUGUAUUCAACGCCACGCUCGUAAACAUCAAGACCGAAGAUACUCCCCUGGAACAGCCGCUGGAUAAUCAGAGCGGGUAUGCUGGCGAGGGGACGGGCCUGAGCCCUAGCACCACACUGGAGCAAAUGGACUUCAGUGCUGUGAUGUCAUCAGCCUGCGCCCAGAGCUUGGCACAGCAGAUACACCAACACUCCCCCAGUCUCUUCUUGCAGGCCUCCCCUAAGACCCCCCUCGCCCAGGCCACCCAGCCCCAGAUCUGUGCCUCUGAGACGGGCCAGGACUCAGGCGAGACCCAGGCUUAUCUGGGCCUACCUACUAUACCACAGACUGACUCUCCAGGCACCAACGGAGACCCUCACACAUACCUCCACCAACCCUCACCAGACCAACAUGGCCACAGUGAGGAAAGCAGCCAGGGGGGUCUAGUGGGGCUGGGUAGCUUUCCUGUAAGGGGGCAGGAGAUGCGAAAAGACCAGCUGAGCACCAGAGGACCUGGGAAGGUGACGUCCCCAGAGAAAGAGACACAGAAGAGGGCAGAGUUACUCCUCAAUCCUGGGGAACAACAUGAGGCCUACAGAAACAACACUGGUGUUGGGAGAGGUGGAGAGCACUACCUACAGCCAACAACCAAGAGUGGGGAGCUGGGGGAGCUGAGGGGGCAGGCGGGGGCAUCAGCCUGGAAGGCUUUGAGGCAUCGUUUGGGAACCAGUUCUCUGACCUCAUCAAUGACUUCAUCUCUGUGGAGGGGGGUGGAGGGGGGGGCGGUGGCCGGGACAGGAGGCAGUGCACUCUACACCCCUGCUCUGAUGCCCCAGGAGGAGGUUGGAGAGGGCCAGGAGGCAGGAGCAGCCCCCAUUCAGGGUUCAGAGGUGGAGCAGGGAACUCUGAGAUUGCUGCCGGAGACGGGGAGGCUGUUUGGGGUGACGGACUACUCCCCCGAGUGGUCUUAUCCAGAGGGUGGGGUGAAGGUGUUGAUAACAGGUCCCUGGCUGGAGGCCAGCAGAGAGUACAGCUGUCUGUUUGAUCACAUCAGUGUCCCAGCUGCUCUCAUACAGCCAGGAGUACUGCGCUGCUACUGCCCUGCCCAUGAAACCGGUCUGGUGAUGCUGCAGGUGGCUAUGGGUGGGGAUGUGAUCUCUUCCUCUGUGGUGUUUGAGUAUAAAGCUCGAGACUUGCCCGCCCUGCCCUCCUCACAACACGACUGGUUGUCCCUGGACGAUACCCAGUUCAGGAUGUCCAUUCUGGAGCGUCUGGAGCAGAUGGAACAGAGGAUGGCUGAGAUAACCAAUCACCAUCAGACCUCCGAAACCACGGCAGCCACGGGGGGAGUUGGAGGAGCAGGAGGCACUGACCACCAGUCCCAGCUCUCCCCAGCCGAGGGUUCAUUUGAGGGCCGUGUGGUGGUGGUGUGUGAGAAGAUGAUGACCCGCCCCUGUUGGGUUUCCUCCAAUCAGCUGAUCCACAGCCGGAGUUCCCGGGGCAUGACCCUGCUGCACCUGGCCGCAGCUCAGGGAUACGCAGGGUUAAUACAGACUCUCAUCCGCUGGCGCACUAAGCAUGCAGACAGCAUAGAUCUGGAAUUAGAGGUGGACCCGCUCAAUGUCGACCACUUCUCCUGCACCCCACUGAUGUGGGCCUGUGCUCUGGGUCAUACAGAAGCAGCGCUGGUUCUGUACCAGUGGGACCCCAGAGCUUUGGCCAUCCCUGAUUCACUGGGCCGCCUGCCACUCAGUAUUGCACGCUCACGGGGACACACUCGCUUGGCCGAGCUACUGGAGCAGCUGCAACAGACUCCUCCUACUCAGAGUCCACCCACUGACACCUGGAUGGACAGGUGGAGCAGCGAAUCGGAGCCCAGUGGACAUAGGGAAAGCCCCGCCCCCAGCUCUAACCCAGACCUAAGGAGAACCAGGACAGAACCACAACAGAGCACCCAGAACCACAGCCAGAGUCAGAGCUGGGCUCACCAGGGCCAACCCCAGUUGCAGGGCCAACACCGGGGGCCACCGGACAACCAGGGAGACCUCCCACCAGCCAAGAGACUCAAACUCAACCCUGAGUCCCAGCAACAGCCAGUCACCCCCCCACGCUCUCAACUACCCAACCUCAGCCCCCUAAAUACUCACCCCCCCAGACCCAGCUCUAACUCCCCAAAUCCCCACUUCCCCAGCCCACCUCUGCAGGGCAGGUUAGGGGGGUCAGGGGGUGGCAGUAGGUAUAGCUUGAGGCAGGCUCUUGGGAGGCGGAGUUUGGCCAGGAGGAUUCUGGGAAAGGAGAGACUGGCCAAUCAUUUGCGUCAGAGGGGCGUAUCCACCAGGGGGGAGGAGCCAGAACUGCUGACCUAUCAGGAGAACAGUGAAGACCUGCAGAUGAACAUGAUGAUGCUGGCAGAACACAUCAUGGAGGCCACUCCUGACAGGAUCAAACAGGAGGGUUUUGUUGCCACGGAGACUGAGACGUCGCCACCGGAGACCGUUGGGGUCAGCGGUGAUGUCAGCUGGUUGGCUAGUUACAUUGGUGACGUGGAGCGGUUUCUAUACUCCAGGCCCCAGAUGCCCACCCCAAACCCCAUACCAAGCCCCCUGUCUGGGCCUGAGGAUCAGGAAAGUCCCCUGGCUCCGCAAGGCCUGCCCUCCCCGGCUGACUGGAGCUCCUUCCUGCAUGCGUCACUCAGUGGAGAGGGCCCAGACACCAACCCUGCCCACCUCACACUGACAGAGGCAGAGCAAAGAGAACUGUACGAGGCUGCAAGACACGCCCACCACACCCUCAGAAAGUACAAGGGCCGGCCAAUCCAGGAGCAACGUAAAGAGACCGUAGCAGUGGUCCAGCGCUGCUAUAAGAAAUACAAACAGCUGUCAUGGAUAGCCUUGAAGUAUGCACUUUAUAAGAGGAUGACGCUGGCAGCCAUUUUGAUCCAGAGCCGCUUCCGCAGUUUCCACGAACAGAGGAAGUUCCAGCAGAGCCGGCGAGCAGCAGUACUGAUCCAGCAAUACUACCGCAGCUACAGACACUCUCUCAGCAGUCUCCUCACUAAGAGACAGAACCAGGCUGCCCGUAAGAUCCUGAGGUUCCUGCUCAGAUGCCGCCACAGGGCAAGAGAGCAGAGAAAGGCCAGGGGUCCUGAGAGCCCACGACCCAGUCCAACACAGAGCCCCCUCAUCCUGUGAGCUCCUCUACACCCUUCUCUUCCCUCUCCUCCUCUCCCUUCCUCCCUCGGUCUCACACAGGGGCAACUCUCUUUUCCUCCCUCUCCUCAUACCACUCUCACAAUGGGACUACUUCACAGUCCACACUCCUCUAAUCCAAACAGGCUGCUAACACUCAAACAGGAGAAUGAGGAGGGAUACAUGGCAACUAUAUCACUGAGACAACACAGAGACAACUCUCCUCUCUCUCUCUCCUCCCUCCUCUGCUCUGAUGAACGUAUGGACCUGGCUCUGGCCACAGCAUCGCUUUGCUUUCCCCUUCCUCCAGAUCACAGGGAGGAAACUACAUUACCCUGCCUGGCAUCUUUGCACUCUUCACAGAUAGAUCAAUGUUUUCUACAAGAGCAGAAAAGAACAAGAGAAAAAGAUCAGGAUGCAGCUGAAGAUGAACAUUUUGUUAUCGAAAGUGUUCGAUACGGAGAAUGGGAUGAUUGGUUUUCUCAUAUGGGCAACAUUUGCAUUGACAUGCAUAAUCUAUAUUGGACCUGUUGUACUUGCUGUAUAAAUGAUACAUUUUAGGAAAGGAAAACAUAAACCAAAUAUCACUCCCAUAUCCUGUAUGCAUGCACUGUUUUUCACUAGCUCUUCUCCUCCCAUGGCUUUUAUGGCAGUUGGCAAAGUCAAUGUGAUCACCACACUCUGAUUGGCUGGCUAGACAGGUCAACCAGUCACCCAGUCCCCCAAAAGAGAAGUACUACACUUGAAUGUAAGAAGAACAUUAACAGAUAGGGGUUUAGGUGUAAAUAACAGUGUCUUAAUUUGUUAUAUUGACUUGUCUAUGAAGUCAUUCUCUGAAGCAGCAUUUUGCUAGCCUGAUGUGUGAGUCUGUGUUUGUUGAAUCUAAUGCAUGUGUUUGAGCUGUGAGCUCCUGCAUGCGAACCAAACUUGUUUGUUUUGUAUUUAUGUGUAGUGGUGUCUCACUUCUGUCCUCAUUGACUAUCUCUACCCUGUGUUUAUCAUGUGCUCUAUGUAAGGAAAAUAACCUGGCUUUUCUGUUUUUAUUUAUGUAUUAUUUAUCUCUUUUUUUAUUUUGUCUUUUGUUAAUUUUUCUUAUUUACCUUGUUCUGUUUUUCAUUUAAUUUACAGUAAGAAAAGGGCAUAUUAGCCCGAGUCAGUUUUAUCCCCCUAUUGUGUGGUAAUGUGUGGUAAUAUGUGACAUAUUCGGUUCAGAUGGUUAUCUGUCUCUGUCAAUUUGUUCUUAACAUGAACUUCAAAAAGCCACAUAUGGUUUUGAGGAGAGUGUCACAUUGCAUUGCCUUGACUUCUUAUAGUCUGUGAGAAGUCCCUAUACUUACUAUACGCUAGCCCCUGUCUAGGACAUGGGUCCCUAUAUUAGCCCUUAUAGAGUUUAGCCCAACCCAUAUUUUUGACUAUUUAGCGUCUCUGUACAUAAAAUGACGAGGUAUGGGUAUAUAUGGAGACCCUGGAUCUUUUUCAUGAGAAAAGACUGUAUUUAAGAAUAUAUAUUAUUUUACUUCUAUAACAACAAUAUGAGCAGAUAGAGACCCGGGUAUACGGAUAGAGACCCGGGUAUACAGAUAGAGACCCGGGUAUACAGAUAGAGACACGGGUAUACAGGACAAUUGUAUUGUUUGUAAAUAAUGUAAAUACUAACCAUGGAUCUAUGUGCAUGAGAAAAUAAGACAAAGAAACGGGGCAAGAAAAUCAACAUACAUUUUUUUGUGGCUAUGGACUGUAAGAGGAUUUGAACUACUUCACUUUACAAGUGUUUGAUAUAAGUGUUAUUGAAGAACAUUUUGCUAACGCAUGACAUUGAUGAAAUCUUAGGUUAAAACAAGUGAUAUAAAGAAUAAGGGCAGAAAGCAAAAUGUAUACACAUCAUGCUUUUGAUUUCAGGCUAGCAAGAAUGAAAUCAUUUUGCUAGUGGUGCCAAGUAUUAUGAAUUCUACUUUCCCCUAGGAUUAGCGCAGGAGUUUUUCCUGACCAUGUGGUCACUUGUUCAGGAAAAACUCCUGGUCCAGGAGGUAAAACAUACACGUAUUAAAUAUACUGUACACAGUCAUCUCAAGCAACUGAAGGGUGGGAAAGCAAGGAGAACUUCAUAAUCGAUUCUUGUAAAGUGUACACAGAAUGAGUUCCUGUCAGGUGUCAAAACCAAACAAGCUGGUGAUGUUACUGUUUCUGUUAGUGUGGUCCUCUGUGGCUCAGUUAGGAAGAGCGUUGUGCUGGCAAUGCCAAGGUUGUUGGUUCAUUUCCUGCAGGGAUCACACACAUACUCAAAAUGUAUGCCCUCACUGUACUAAGUUACUUUGGAUAAAAGUGUCUGCUAAGGGGUAUAUACUUUUAUGUUAAUGCAUUGCAGAUUUGAAACUUUCAUCUCUUAGCUUCAGACAGAUGUUUUCCCCUACACAUUCCUCAGCAUGUAAUUGCCAAUAGUGUUACAAUGAGGCAUUUCCUUCCCUGGAGUGUCUUACAGAUUUGCUUUGACUGAUGAUUAUGACCAGUUUGGUUUAGAAAGUGCCUACUCAUAUACAGAACGUGCAAGCUAAUAUCAAGAACCCACUAUAUGUCUCCAAAUGAGUUAACCCAUUCCCUCUAUAGUUUCCCAAAUUGUGUGUGACGAUUAUUCUACACAGAAGAUUGGCGCCCAGUCUUAUUUUGAACUCUAAUUUGUUAGUGAUUCCUACACCUAAGUGUAUAUGCAUUGAAAAUAUUCCAUUGUUAAAAGACAGCGACAAGUUGGCUAUAGCAGAAACAGACUGAUACUAGUCCUGCUUUUGGUCCUCUCAGCAGAUGAUGUAUUCUACUCCUCCUACCAGGGAGACACUGAGUAGUGGAUCCCAGCAUGGGAUCAUUUGGGUUGCUACAUUAUAACAAAAUGUCCGUAGCUCUGAUUUGCCCCCUACAUGUAUUUAUUUGUGAGAAGUAAACAUGGACAACGUUUCAAUCCUCAUAGGGAUCUCAGUUAGGUUGCCAGGUCAUGCCAUAUCUCUGACUGGGCUGGUUGAUAUAUUAUAGGCUAAAUUCUGCAUGGCACAUUCACGCCCAUUUUGCAGUAAUGGCAGUACAUGUAGGCCUAGACACUGUCAUAUAGAUACCUUGGGUUAAAUAUGGCAGAGUCUUUAGUGAGACGUAGAGCACAAGAAACCCUCUUUCUGGAAUUCAACUGCUGUAUGGUCAUUCUCAAGGUGCAAAUAUCUGUUUUGAACGUUGAUAAAGUGUAUUCUUCUGCAUGGAAAUUGCACGACAUUUCACUUUAUUUAUCAUCUGUUCAGUCCUGGCAGUAAUGUUCUUCCAACGUUCUUCUAUAAAAACAUAUCUUAGCUGGAGCUAACUUCACAGACAGAGACAUGCACACGACUCACUCGGUCAUCUCACAAUCUCCAAUCUCGCACACACAUCACUCUCUCUUUUCUUUUUUCUCAGGGAGCAGUAACUCCCUCAGAUUUAAACUCAGGGUUCUAGAAUGGCUUGGGGGUGUGGAGUAGGCCCUGUGUGUGUGUGUGUGUGUGUUAAUCAGCCAAUUGUGAUUAGGCUAUACCUCCUCUUUCAUGAGAUGACAGUGGCGAUGACCCCACCGAGAGGUGGCAGACUGAGCUCUUGUUCACAGGGAGUUGGCCUGAGAUGGGUGCCACACACAUCAUCCCAUCUAUAAAGGACUUCCACUUCCAAACACCUGAGACACAACAUAUAACAUAUAUAAUACAAACAUUCAAAUAUAUGUAGAGCCUCACAAAGAAGACAAUAAUAUCCUCUCUAGGGCCUGGAGUGGUUUUCCUGACCAGGAAAAACUCUGGGCAUAGUCUUUAUGGCCCAGGAAUUAUUCAUGUUGGAAAGGCUCUCCAGCUUAUCGCUGUUUCACUCUGUAGUCAACUCUUGAAUGCGCUUAAUCAUUUUAUACCCUGGCCUGGAACUGUGCCCUCCAACCACAUCACAGCUACACUAACAGAAACACAGAGAGGGGCUGCUGUUUAAAGGGGGUGAAUUCACACUGGAUAAGGCUUUCCACUGAAACACACAGAGCAAUAAACAAACAUAUAUACAUUUUCUAAAUGAGGAUCUGUAAAUUUAAGUAAGCGUAGAGAUCAGUUUGUAGAGAAAAACAUAAGCUAUGUCACAGGCAACUUUGACUUCCUCUAAGGAAACUGGGCCACAUUCAGUAGCCGAACGUUGCAGAUAGAAAUUCUAUGAAUAUAGCUGACGUGAUUCCUUAUUCUACAUGUCAGAGAGGCAUGUUUGUUCUACAUGCCAUAUUUCUAUCUGAACAUAACAAAACUCUGUGUCCUGCCGAAUUCGCUCCCGGGCAAGCUGCACAGAGGUGACCUCUGACCCAGAGGUUAAAGGUCAAAUAAGAGAUAAAUUAUGAAAUACAGGCCGUAGUUAUAACGGGCUAUGGGCUAACAUCACUCUGCAUGUUUAAAUAGUGCUAGCUAGACUUCUCCCUCUCUUUCUCUUUUCCUCUCUCAUCCCUAGCUUUGUUCCCUCCUAUUUUGUGUUCUUCAUGCCCCCUCUCUCUCUUUAUCUCUCUCUCUUUCUACCUCUUUCCCUCUUUUGUAAGUGAAUUUUUUAUAAUGUGCAUGUAUACGCAUCAAUAAAUAGUUGAAUAUGUUUUUAAAAAUAAUCUUCUGCUGCUGAGGCCAUGCAAAGUGUUUUGAAUUGCCCUUAUAUGUGGAAAAUGUAUUUUGAAUGCUUUACAUAAUUUCUGCUGUAAAAUGAAAUCUGAGUAAAAAGAAAAUUUGCACUUUA